CCAGCUCCCGAAGCAAAGUGAAACAAAACCGACCAUAGAUAUAAAUGUGCAAUCUCAGGCACCAAACUCUACAUUGUAGCAUUGCACGGUUUUGCAUUUCAUCAUUCCGAUUUUAAGCCCCUUAUUCUACAGUGCGUGAAGGACGUCUUCAUUUCUUUCAUGCGCUCGGACUUUUAAUCAAAACGCACAUUUCCUGCGCAUGAGAUCUGGCACGAAUCACCUGUGAAUCUUCCAAAGAUGGAAUCUUGUGGGCAAUUUGGGUUGUGGGUGGUCUUGAUCUUGUGCUUGACAUUUCAAAUUCAAUCCAAUUAUGCGUUUUACCUUCCGGGUAGUUAUCCUCACAAGUAUGGUGUCACAGAUGAGUUGUGGGUGAAGGUGAAUUCCCUCACUUCCAUUGAUACAGAGAUGCCCUUUAGCUAUUACAGUUUGCCCUUUUGCAAGCCUGAGGGUGGUAUCAAGGACAGUGCUGAGAACCUUGGGGAGCUCCUCAUGGGGGAUAGAAUAGAGAACUCUCCUUACAAGUUUAGGAUGUAUACGAAUGAGUCUGAUAUUUACUUGUGCCGGAUUGAGUCAUUGUCCGGGGAUCAGUUCAAGAUCUUGAAGGAGAGGAUUGAUGAGAUGUAUCAGGUUAAUUUGAUUCUUGAUAAUUUACCUGCUAUUCGGUUCACGCAGAAAGAGGGUUACUUCAUGAGAUGGACGGGGUUCCCUGUUGGUGUUAAGAUUGAUGAUGCAUAUUAUCUGUUUAACCACCUCAAGUUCAAUGUCCUUGUUCACAAGUAUGAGGAGACCAAUGUGGCUCGUGUAAUGGGGACUGGUGACGGUGCAGAAGUGAUCCCGGUUGGCAAGGAGGGAUCUUCUGAGAAUCCUGGAUACAUGGUUGUUGGGUUUGAGGUGAUUCCUUGCAGCAUUAUGCAUAAUGCUGAUUCUGUGAAAAACUUGAAGAUGUACAACAAGUAUCCCUCGUCUAUCCAAUGUGAUCCGGCCACUGUGGCAAUGCCUAUCAAAGAGGGUCAGCCUGUUGUUUUCACUUACGAGGUCACCUUUGAGGAGAGUGACAUCAAGUGGCCUUCUAGAUGGGACGCCUACUUAAAGAUGGAGGGUGCUAAAGUGCAUUGGUUCUCUAUCCUUAAUUCACUUAUGGUGAUCACUUUUCUUGCUGGUAUUGUUCUUGUGAUCUUCCUGAGGACUGUUAGGAGGGAUCUGACCCGUUAUGAGGAGCUUGAUAAGGAGGCACAAGCACAGAUGAAUGAAGAGUUAUCUGGUUGGAAGCUUGUAGUGGGAGAUGUUUUCCGUGCACCAUCGAAUCCUGCUCUGUUGUGUGUGAUGGUUGGGGAUGGAGUUCAGAUUCUUGGUAUGUCUGUUGUGACAAUAUUGUUUGCUGCACUUGGAUUCAUGUCACCAGCAUCCCGCGGAACGCUGAUCACAGGAAUGCUGUUUUUCUAUAUGAUACUUGGUAUUGCUGCUGGUUAUGUCUCAGUUCGGAUGUGGAGGACAAUUGGAUUCGGCGAUCAGAAGGGUUGGGUUUCAAUAGCGUGGAAGGCCGCAUGUUUCUUCCCAGGCAUUUCCUUUAUGAUAUUAUACCGAUUUAUUCUAGACUAA